GGGCCGCAGGGCUGUGAGUGUUGGAACGCGGCCUGUCCCUGUUGCCAUGGUGACGACGUAACUCGUUCAGCAGCAGCGGUGAAAACUGAUCACAAACGUUUGUUUCAGCAGCAAAAGUGAAGAUGAACGCAGCGGUAACGCAGCAACUUACCACCAACAGCGACAAACAGAAGAAAAUGUCUCCGUACAGCAGGAUGAAGCAGGAGAAGGAGUUUCUCCAAAUUGGAUCUGUGUCAGAUAAAGUGGCUCCGAUCAUCUCCAAAGCAGAAAUCUCUCUGUUCAGAAACAGCCUGAAGCAGAACAUCUGUGUGGAGCUGCUUCAACAAGGCUUUCACAGGUCGUUCUCGGAGCUCUUCUUCCUGCUGGGCUCUGAUGCUGAUCGGAGGUCUGUGGAUGAAACGGGUUCAGUUUGGCUUCAGACUCCGCUGGACGAACAACUGGACAAACUGGAGACCAUGAAGCUGCACCUGAGCCUGGCCGAGCGGGCGGAGAGCACCUGUUCCUGGACGGUGGUGUGUGACCAGCGUCUGUUUUUGGGUCAGUACUUCUCGGCUCCGGAGGAUGUCUGGCUGAGUUUGUACUUCCUCCACAGCUGUGCAGACCGAGAGCUGGGACGCCACUCGAGACCGGCCACCGAGGCCCGGGCGUGCUUGGCAGAGGUCUACCUGCAACUAGGUGAUCUGGAGCAGGCGAGGCUGCAGGCGGAGCUGUGCAUCCAGCAGGCGGAGGACGGCAGCCUGCUGGACUUAGCCGGUCGGCCGCUGAGGCUCCGGGCUCGCAAGGCGCUGUGGGGGGUCUACAGCCGGCUGGCCGACGCUCCGCUGAACGCCGCCAACUACAACAAGGCCCUGACGCUGCUCCACAAGGGCUACAGCAUCGCUAUUGAGUCUGAAGACAAACACAUCGAAUGGGAGGCCUUGUAUCAACUAGGACUGACCUAUCAGAGUGCAGGAGACCAUGACACAGCCAGACAGUACUUCAACACUUGCAUGCAGAUUUGCAGCACACUGCAGGAUGCAGACGGACUGGGGAAGUCCUACAAGGCUAUGGCGAAAUCUAACGAGAAUAAGGGAAACAUGCAUGACACUCUCCUGUGUCUGGAGAAGUUAGCCGACAUCUCUGGUAGCAACGGGCUGCAACACAAUCUGGCGGACGCCAACAUGUGUCUGGGCAAAAUCUACUUUUCGACGAGUGAGUACAGCAGAGCCGCUGACUACUUCCUGCAGGGUUAUGACGUGGCCUGUCAGCUGGGAGACGUGGCUCUGCUGCAGAAAGCUCAGGUGUUGGUGGCCAGUGCUCGCGCUCACUCCCUGAGGGCCCGGUACAGCGCUGACGUGGCGUCGACCUCGUCCGCCGCCCUGCGACGACUGGUGGACUGGAAAGAGACGAGAGGACGUCAGGGACUUGGUACUGACUCUACAGACGCUGCGACUGCUGGUACUGACUCCUUAUCACGUCAUCAUGCUGGGGAAACACACCUCCAACACAAAGGGUUCAUGGACACAUGUCCACGUUCACAGAAGUGAUAUAAUAAAUACAUGAGGGGCAUUUUCUUUGUUUUAUGAGAUUGUACAUUUUAGGAUUUCGGACUGCUCAUCGUAAAAAACAAGCAAUUUAAAGACGGCAGGAUUCAUAUUACAUCCCCUUUCUCUGACGUUUUACAGACUGACACCCUUUAAAUUGUUUGUACCCGGUGAUUAUUUACUGUUACAGAAUUAAAAUCUUUUAGAAUAAAAUGAUCUGUGAUCUCAUUAUUUAA